ACAAUACAUAAACGCAGUGCAAGGCUAAACAUAAACACAGUGCAAACAAAACCAAACCUCCAACAGAUAACAAUAUGUACAACACCAAACGUAGUUGGGCAGGCCGGGUCGGUAGCUAAUGGGCAGACAAGGUACAAGGAGCAGGCAGGAGAGUGGUCAGGAGUAGCCGAGGUCGGUACAGGCAGAGUUCAUGCGGAGUCAGGAUCAAAGCAGAGAGAACACAGGAUACCAGGUACAGGGGCUCAUGGGAAACAAUACACCAAGGCCCUGAUCACAGGCCUGGUC